AUGAUUGGCCGAAUGGUGGGGUUGGAGCCCAGUAGCAGGAGUGGGGUCUUGGAGGAGUGCAGAGAGUGCAGAGCCAUCGUUAUGAAGGGAGAUGGUGUACAGACCCCUUUGCAUAAAGGAGAUAGUAUAUUAGGUGGAGAGGGGGCCUGCCUUAUGAGGUAUGCGGCAUGGACAUUAAUCAGUGCGGUUGAUGUAGUGUAUUGCUCUUUGGAGACAAGGGAGAGUGUUUCUUUGACAUUCAAUCCAGAUGGUCAAGUGAUAGUGGUUCCGUUUAUGUUCAAAGGGUAUAACAUUGCAGCAUUGCCAACGACAAAGUUCGGUGACUUGAAGAAGGACACCAAGCAGAUAGAGAAUGUUGUAUCUUUUUUGAGAAGCGAUAUUUGUUAUGCAGUGUGGGAGUUUCUGGUCAGCUCGGUGCAGUACAAGGAUGAUGAUCGGUUUGAGAGGCUGUUUGACGAAAGAAUGAGGGGGUAUCUAAGGAAUAUAUCUGAAGGUACAUCAAAGGUGUACAUGAGAGGGAACAAGACGUUCAGUGAAUUGCUGGAAAUGGUGUGCGGGAGGAUGUUAGAAUGCAGUGGAAGGGUAGCGGGGGGGGGGGGCAUAGUAAGAUAUGGAAGAGAUGUCAUGAGAAUGCUUGACGACAUGAUAGAAAACCCGCCUGCUGGAAUGUCUGAAGAGGAAAAGAAGGUGUACCUGGAGGAUUGGAGGAGUGCUAAAGAAUGGGGAGGGUUUCUCUAUAGUAUAGAAAGAUGGGAACGGAUAGCUGAGGUGGAGAAGAUAGUGUGCAAUGCAUGCAAGGAGAUCUGUCUUGGGCUGAGGGAGGAGGAGCUUCUGGGAUUGCUAGCCGAGGGAGGUAUGAAGAAGACUUUGAAAGAGGAAUUCAGCGAAGAUAAGGCCAAAGAUGCAAGAUAUCUAGAAUAUAUUGUUGUUGAUGACGUGCUGUUGCUGGAUGCACACAGAGAAUAUGGAGGAGAGGUCACCAAAGAGUUGGUUAGGCAGAUGCUGCUGGGGAAGGAGGGAAAGGAUAUAGACAAAAGAUAUGUAGACAGGGUUGCAGGUGUAGUCAGAGAAAGACAGAGGAAAAGAGAAGAGGAAACGGAAAGGAGUGUGAAAGAGCUGGUGGGGGACGAGGAGAAGGCGAAGAGUAAGGAGGAGAAGGCGAAGAGUAAGAGGGGGAGGAAGGGGAAGAGUGCUUCUGCACCCUCGGAACAAGAGGAGGAGAAGAAGGAGAGCGAGGUAGAGGAGGCUGAGCAGGGCGGGGAAGUAGAGGCGCUGCCGGUGGAGGUUGGAGGUGCACGCAGCAAGGGGGGCAAGAAGAAGAGCAAGGGUGGUCGGAAGUGUUUCAAGAUCCACAGAAGGGUUCUUCGGUGGACGAAGAGCCCUGAGAAGAUCAAGGAGGAGUGGGACAAGGGAAGUGAGGAGAGGUGGAAGGGAAGGUCUCUUGAAGAGAUCAAGGAGCAGAAAAUAGUGCAUGAUAUAACGGGUGUGCUGGAACUUCUCAGGAGUGAAGAUGCAGACAGAUUCUUCAUGGAUGCAGGAAAGUACAGGAAGGGCGGGAGUGAGAGGCAGAGGAUGGUGGCGAUUGGAGCUCUUGAGACUGGGGGACAGAGGAUGACAGGAGUGGUGGAGGUUGGGACGUUCAAGGAUGGGGAUGGAUGUCCGGUUGUGUACCACCUGAGGUUCAAGCCAACCAGUAUAGGGUCGAUAGGAGAUGUUAUAAACCCAGGGGUUGUUGAAGCAAGUGAUGUAGGCAGGGUAGACGAGGGUGAAGAAUGUGAGGAUGCGGACAAGUUUGUGUAUCCAAAAGGAGUAAGGUUUGAAACGGUGAAGGAGACAGGAUCAUUUCAGAUAGUGUGGAAGAAUCCUUCGGAUACCUCUGAGGUUCUCCGUCGUCUUAUUGUUUAUUGCAGGCCAUGUGUGAUCUGA